CAGACAGCAGGCAGCAGGCAGGACGUAGAGCUUGACAUCAUUUCUCCUCAGUCCAAGCAAGACGUAGUUCUGCGAGUAGUUUCCCCACAUUCGAGCUGAGAACAAGGGAAGCUUUGGCAGCGGUGGGUUUUCGCAGUGGAAUGAAACAUGAGCAGAGGCGCCUACAGCUGUACAGACAGGAAGUGAAGCUGCCUCAUCUCCGACUCAUUUCCUGCACUGUGUUGAACAUUAAGGAGCAGUUUGACUCCUUUUAGCGCGUUUCACCAUGAGGCCUUGUGCUUUGGUUUUAAAAACUCAUGACAGGAUGGAGAGAUAGAACAUGGCCAUAAUGGAUGAUCCUGUCAUUUUCCACCUCAGAUGCCUUUUUUUUUGUAAAGCAACUCAUCAUACACCAUAAAAGCCACAAUCCAUUUGGCAGGAACAAGCCAAGCCAGAAGUGAAUGCAUGUUACAGUGGUGGUACCUUUGAAUCUUUUCCUCUGGAAAAUCGACCCCAAGGUUUAGUUUGUCUUAGCCAUGAUUUCGAGAAGAAAACUGUAUUUAGGUGCUCUGCUUGGUGCUAUUUUGUUUUUAAUGAUAGCUGCUCACACCAUUCAGAAGGCCGGAAUUGUGCCAGUCACAGUUUUACCCUCUCACCACAAUGUUGGGAAACCAGCCAUGAACCAGACACAGUUACACCCUAUCACUGAGCCAAGAGGAGGUCAUUCCUGUAGCUGUACAUCCUGUAUUGCAGACAUGGGUGUGUCAAAGUGGUUUGACCAACACUAUGAUCAUAAACAGAAACCUUACCUCACCGGCAGACAAGAUGACAUAGAUCUGCCCUCUCUGAAGUGGUGGCUGUCUUUGCAGUCAUCUGAUGGAGCGAUUGAGGAUGUCACCCAGAAGAUGUUUAAGAUAAUUUCCCCUCCACCUAAUGACGAAAUUCCACGGCAAAACCAGUGUCGGAAAUGUGCAGUUGUUGGAAACUCAGGCAAUCUGUCCAAGUCCAAAAACGGAGCCUUGAUAGAUUCCCAUUCAGCUGUUAUUAGAAUGAAUAAGGCCGUAACUGUGGGUUAUGAAGAGGAUGUUGGUAAUCGAACGACCCACCACUUCCUGUACCCGGAGAGUGCGAUCGAUCUGAGACCCGGUGUCCAUCUCGUCCUUCUUCCUUUCAAAUUGAAAGACAUGCAGUGGUUGUCCAGCGCCCUUUCCACAGGAGAGAUCAAAAUGACAUACAUGAGAGUGAAAAAUCGCAUAGAAGCUGACAAAGACAAGGUGAUGGUUGUGAAUCCAGCCUUCUUUAAGUACACGCAUUACAACUGGACAGAGCGUCAUGGAAGGUAUCCGUCCACUGGGAUAGUAGCCAUUAUAUUUGCUUUGCAUCUUUGUGAUGAGGUGUCAGUGUUUGGAUAUGGGGCAGACAAGCAAGGAAACUGGCACCACUAUUGGGAGAACAACAGAUACGCAGGUGCCUUUCGAAAGACUGGGGUCCACAACGCGGAUUUCGAGACUGAGGUCAUUCAUAAGCUCAGUGCAGAGGGCAAAAUCAAACUGUACACAUGAGUCUGUAAUUAUGGCCUUCAUUGACUCAGUAAUGCUCAGUGCCAUGUAAAUGCCAGGCCAGGACUUGCACUGCAGCCGUAAGGAAGCCAAAGAGACGCAGAUCUGUGAUCCACCCUACUAUUAAUUGACCACUGUGAACUGCACUGAACCAAACCCACAGACAUCAAGCUGUAGUCCUAAGACCAAAUUAACUCUCUAACAGCAUUUUACUCGCUACGUGCCUGAAGAAAAAGACGGAUGUUGCCUUCCUCCCCAGUCAGCCAUUGAAACGUUGAAAAAGAUGAACAGUAAGCAAAUUUGCUUGGUCUAAGCCACCUUAUAUACUUCUUUUUUUAUUCAAGCUGACUAUCCUCACACGGUGUCUGCACUGCAAAUGUGCAAUUUGUGACAGUUAAAUGGGUUUCUUUCGCGUAUAAUCCACAAAGCUGUCUAAACUGCAAGAAAUGUGUGAACGUUGAUCAUCAGCUCCAUUCACUUGCAGAGCCAGUUUUCAGGGCAUUAAAGCCUUAAAGUCAACAUGAAGCAGCAUUUGCAACCCACUUUUCCUAACAAAAUAUCCAAUGAAGGGAAAAAAACCCGGGUUUGAUUUGAACCAUUGGUAAUUGAUUGGAUUGUGAAAAGUGGGUGUUAAAGAGGUCCUAUUGUGCCCGUUUACGAAGUGUUGAAUUUAUUUUGGGCGUGUACUAGAAUAUGUUUUCAUGCUUGAUUGUUCAAAAAACAUAAUUUUUCACAUAUUUUACAUUAUUACUGCUCCUCUCUCCCCAGUCUGGUUGAACGCGUUAUUUUCGAUGAAGCCCCUUCUUCCAAAACGUGCUGCGAUUGGUUGGCUGGCCUAGUGCGUUGUGACUGGCAGCGUUAAGCGCAUGUUUGGGAAAUGUCCCGCUCUAUUUAGAUGUAAAUAUUAACAAUGGCGUCACUUUCGAAGCAUUUCGAGCCUGAUUCAGACCCUGACAAUGUUGUGCAGAACAGAUUUCAAGCACAGACUUAGCAAGCACGGAUUUCGUUUCAGAGUAGUAUAUUUUUUUUGUGUCAUUUUCUUAUAGAUACGAUAUAACCCACCGUUUAAUCAUAUUUGUCGGAAAUCUAUGGUUUAAGGGGCGGUCUUACAAAAGCAAGAGCUUACAAAAGCUAACGUACCACUACAUUAAUACUGUCUGUAAUGUUAAAUAGCAGGCUGGCAGAGGCAAAGCUUUCCUUUAGAUCACAGCAUCGUAGCACUUAUAAUUGGAACUGUUAAUAGAAAACACAACUACAAAUAAUAAUACACAACAGAUUGUCCAGAAAAAAUGGGAAUGGCUAUGUCUUUCAAGAGAAGCUUUUGCAUUGUACUCUCUUCUGGAAGCUGUUUUCCGUAAAACAACAAAUGUUGAGGUUAUAAUGUUCAGAAAAAUAAAUUUUAAGCGUUUGUCAGCCUUAAAAAAACGAAGUAAUGAAGUAAUUGAAGUAAUGCACAUUAAUAAAUUGUACCAGUAUUAAAAUAGUAUGAAGGGAUAUUUCACUUUCAUCUUCACAACGCCAAAGAAGAUAUUUUGGAGAAUGUUGGGGUUCAAAUAACAU